UAUUGACGGGAGAUGUAAUUUACGUUUGUCUUAUCGCUUUAGUUUUUUUGAUAUUGUUAUUGAAAAAUGUGACACUAUUUUUACAAUAAGGACCUUAUUUUGUUAAUAGUAUAUUUGUAGUGGACGGCGAGUUAGGUUACUAUAAUGAUAACAUGUAAAAAGUAACUCAAUUUAAAUGAAAGACCAAUCUCUGUAUCCUGACACUAUGGGGAUCAUGUACGAAAAACGGCCUCUAAAGAGGCCCCGUCUCGGCCCUCCAGACGUGUAUCCGCAAGAACCUCGUCAAAAAGAAGAUGAACUCACUUCCACUAACGUAAAGCAGGGUUUUUCUACAACACCACAUUCCAGUGACGAGUUUGGCACUGCUAGAAAUUUCAACUAUUCUGCAUCUAAGAUAGGACAGUUUUUCUCUGGAAUUUUGUCCAAAAAAGAAGAACUCAAUACUCUUCCUGACUGCGGCAGGAAAAGGCAACAAGUGAAUCCUAAAGAUAAUUUCUGGCCAGCCACAGCCAGGACCAAAGCUCAAAUUGAAGCAUGGUUUAAGGAUUUAGCAGGAAGUAAACCACUGUCUCAGCUAUCCAAAAAAGCACCAAAUUUUAAUAAGAAGGAAGAAAUAUUUAUUACAUUAACAGAAUAUCAAGUGUCGAUGCCAAGAGCAGCAUGGUUUAUUAAACUUAGCUCUGCAUAUACUGUGGCUGUGUCAGAGGCCAAGAUCAAGAAGAGGCAGCUUCCGGAUCCCACAACAGAAUGGACCUCGACCCUGAUUAAGUUCCUCAAAGACCAAAUACCAAAGCUAGCAGAACACUACCAGUGCGCUGCCUCUGGAAGCGUGUCCGACAAGACGCCGCCAUCUCAGUCCGGACAAGGGACGCCCAGUCAUAAUUCCUCUGGCAACCCCCCGGGUAGCUCUACGCCUAAUAGUUCAAAUAUACCUAAUUCUAUGCACUCUCCGGGGAAUACGAACACUCUGGGGUCGUCAACUCCCAGCUCCUCAGAAGGCACAGACUGGCGGCAAGCCCUGAAGCUAUGGAACUACUGCUGCCGACUCGCCAAGUACCUGCUAGACGAGGGCUUGCUGGACCGACACGACUUCCUCACUUGGAUCAUCGACUUGCUUGAUAAGAGAGCAGCUGAUGAUGGUUUACUGAGGCUUUUUCUUCCUUUGGCAUUGCAACACAUGAGCGAAUUCGUAUUUUGCGAAGGCCUGUCGAGGCGGCUGGCGACCACUUGCGCUAAGAAAGCGGCCGCCAUCUGUUCCGUGUUGUCUGAUAGCACGAUACGCACACUCAACCAACCAUUGGCUUUUGCUAAAAGCAUGGAGAGAUCAGGAGAUUCACUCAGGUCAAUGUCUCCGGCUACAGAACAAGGUAUUAACGAAUUGAAACCAAUGUUGUCACAAAUGAAGCGUUCGGGAACGCCCGCGGAACACAGCCAGGGAUCUCUUAGCACCAAUCAUUCCUCUUUGGGAACACCCAACCCCCAUUCCCUGGGUACACCAAAUCCUUUAGGCACACCGAAUCCGACGCAAGGAAUAGAUAUCAAAGAAGAAUACAAUAGGCCCAUAAAAGAGGAGUAUAAUAGACCUAUAAAAGAAGAGUAUAACAGACCAAUAAAGGAAGAAUAUAAUAGACCAAUAAAAGAAGAAAACGGUUCGCCUAUACGAGAUACCAAAACCACUCUGACGGCGGUCAUCACGGCAGCGCUCAACCCGAUCCAAGUGGGCUUCGGCGAAGUGUUGACCUGUCCGUACCACAGGGACGUCAUCAUUCAGCUGGCGACGAUCUUACAGAUAAUUUGCGUAGAAUGUCCCACGGCUAUGGUAUGGUCGGGCUGUGGUUCAUCGCUGCAGGGGUCGCCCCUGGACUUGCUGCCGCUUCCGCCGUCUGCCCUGCCAAUGCCUCAUAUGGAUUCUGAAAUUACAGAAGACCACAGAAAAAUGGUUUAUGAAGCUGAGCAGAAAAUUGCUGCAAGGAGCAAAAAGGCAGAAAGCAAAUGGUGUACUGAUAAGUGGCAAACUAGCUCUCAAGCGCGCGUGCUGUCUGUUCUGGAGGCCUUGGACCGGCACUGCUUCGACCGCGUGGAUCCCAACAAUAAUCUAGAUACGCUCUACAAGGAGGUGUUCGCUCAUUGCACGCCCCCCUCCAAGGAUACUGACAUCAAGGACCCAGAGUGGGCGUGCUCGUACGCGGUGGUGCGCGUGCUGUGCGAGUGGGCGGUGUGCGGCGCGCGCUGGGGCGAGCACCGCGCCAUGGCGGCCGCCGCGCUGCUCGACAAGCGCCAGCAGCAGCUCCUGCACCAGCACCACGACCAUCACGCGCACGCCACAGGGUCGGAUGACAAGGAGUCCGUGACGUCGAGCAAUGGCCUUUACAACGGGCCUCCAAUAUUCCAAAGCCUCUUAUUAAGAUUCCUAGACUGCGACGCGCCUGUAUUAGACGACAGCCCGAACUCGCCGCCCAGCAACCGGCAGCAGUUCGCCAACCUGGUGCACCUGUUUGGCGAGCUUAUUCGCCGCGACGUGUUCUCACACGACGCCUACAUGUGCACGCUCAUAUCGAGAGGUGACCUGAUCUCACCGACGGAGCCGACGUCGUCGUCGGGCAGCAGCAGCAGCGGCACCGCGGCGCCCGCCACGGCCGGCAGCUCGCACAACAUGGACGACGACACCUUCGAGGGCAUCGACCUCAAGCCCAAGAUGGAGGAACAGGCGCGAAUGGAUAUGGACGGUUCGAAAAUAGACGACGAGCUCCAUAUGCUGUUGCAAAAUAUCAAAGAAGAGCAACAAAAUUCUAUGGACGCGCCCGAUAGCCCCAAGGAUCCUGGAGAAUCCUCACAUAGCGUGAACUCUCCUAUGAUGGGCUCGAGCAGCAUGAGCAUACCUGGUAUGAACUCGAUGGGAAUGGGUCCUAUGUCCGUCUCAGGCAUGCGCACGGGGUCGGCGGGCGAGUCGUCGGGCAGCGCGGCGCCGGCGGCGGCGUCGCGGCACUACAGCUACACCAUGCACUUCCCGCUGCCGCCCGCCGAGCCCGACCACACGCCGCACGACGCCAACCAGCGCCACAUCCUGCUGCACGGCGUCGGCCGCCAGCGCGACGACGCUAAGCACCAGGUCAAGAAGAUGACCAAAGAAAUAUGCAAAUUAUUUUCAAAGAAAUUCUCAAUCGACGUGGCCGAGGGCGGCAAAGUGAAGAAACACGCUCGGAGCGAGUUCAACUUCGAGGCCGUCACACAAAAAUUUCAAGCGAUGUCGAUGUACGAGCAAGGCGCGGUGUCGUGGGCGGUGGGCGGCGCCGUGUGCGAGGCGCUGGCCGCCUACGCGGCGGGCGCCACCACCUACCUGCCGCAGCCCGAGCACGUCGCCUUCGCGCUGGACCUCAUGGAGAUAGCGCUCAAUGUGCACGGUCUUAUCGAGACCUGUAUACAGAUUUUGAAAGAGCUGUCCGAGGUGGAAGGCGCGCUGAUAGCCCGCGGCGCGCCGAGCACGGGGCUGGCGGCGCCGCGCGCGUAUACAUCGGCGCUGGCGCUUUACACGGUCGGCGCUCUAAGGAGAUACCACUCCUGCUUGCUAUUGUGCGUGGAACAGACGUCGGCGGUGUUCGAGCAGCUGUGCCGGCUGGUGAAGUGCGUGGUGAACCCGGGCGACUGCGGGUCGGCGGAGCGCUGCGUGCUGGCGCAGCUGCACGACCUCUACAAGGCGGCCGCGCACCUCUGCCACGCGCCGCACGCCGACACCUUCGCCAACGCCUACCCCAAGAUCAAGCAAGCACUGUACUCGCCGCUGCAACCGACGCCCUCCAGCUACGUCUACAACCCGCAGUUCCUCAGCGAGUUCUUCGCCAACCCACGCAAGGGUAAACUAGAAAUGUCAUGGGCGCGGCAGGUGGGCGAGUCGGCGGCCAACCGCUACAGCUUCGUGUGUUCCGCCAUGCUGGCUGUGUGCCGCGAGGUUGACAACGACAGAGUGAACGAGCUGGGCGUGCUGUGCGCGGAGAUGACGGCGUGGUGCAGCGGGCUGGCGGCGGAGUGGGUGGGCGCGCUGGUGGCGCUGUGCGGCGCGCAGCACUACCCGGCCGCGCCGCACGCCGCGCCGCCGCCGCUCUACCCCGACCUGCUGCACCACCGCGACCUGCACGACGCCGCCGCGCACGACGCGCUCGCCGUCUUCACCUGUAUACUAGUCGCGCGUCACUGUUUCUCCCUGGAGGACUUUGUGCGUCACGCGGCGCUGCCGUCGCUGGUGAAGGCGUGCGGCGGCGGCGCGGCCGGCAACCCCGCCAACGCGCCCUCGCCCGACACCGGCGCGCGCCUCACCUGCCACCUGCUGCUGCGCCUCUUCAAGACCAUCGACACGCCGCAGCCAGGGUUGUACUCAGUAUCAACGUCGCCGGGGCCGGGCGGCGGCGCGGCGGGCGUGCGGCUCUCCUGCGACCGCCACCUGCUGGCCGCCGCGCACAAGAACAUCGGCGUGGGACCCGUGCUGGCCACGCUCAAGGCUAUCCUCAUGGUGGGCGACUCAACGGCGCGCGACAACGGCAAGGCCGGCGGCAAGAAAUCGUGCGAGCUGUCACACAUCCUCGGCACCAGCGACGCCGCGCCCGCCGACGCGCAGCUCGACCUCAUAUCGAUAGACUCAGAGAUGAGUGGGGGCCAUAGAACUCCUAGGGGUAGCGGCGGCGUCGGGUCCACGUUGUUAGAUUCGUCGCAGUCGCUGUCGUCGCUGGCGAGGCACGUGCUGCAGGAGAUCUGCUCCGAGGAGUGGGUGCUGCAGAAGUGCCUCCAGAAUCCGGACGAGCUGUACCAGCCCGACAUGCUGCUCGACUCCAUGCUCACGCCGCGCCAGGCGCAAAGACUGCUGCACAUGAUCUGCUACCCCGACUCGGCCAGCCACACGCAGCCUGAUCUAGACCAGAAGACAAUGGUCACACGUCUGCUGGAGAACCUCGAGCAGUGGUCGCUGCGCAUGUCGUGGCUGGACCUGCAGCUGAUGUUCAAGCAGUUCGCGAGCGGCUCCUCGGAGCUGAACGCGUGGCUCGACAUGGUGGCGCGCGCCGUGGUGGCCGUGUUCCAGCAGCCGGCGCCGCCGCCGCCCGACAAGGACAGGACGGGCACGGACCGCGGCGUGGUGAGCACGAGCAAAUGGUCGGAGUCUGUAUGGCUGGUGGCGCCGCUGGUGGCCAAGCUGCCCGCCGCCGUGCAGGGCCGCGUACUCAAGCAGGCCGGACAGAUUUUAGAGAGUGGCUGGGGCACCGGGUGUAACGGCGGCUGCAACAACGGCGGCGGCGGCGGCGCCAGCUCGCACCGCGACUGCAAGAGCCACCAGAGCCCCAGCUACAAAGGUUCGUCGAGCAGCAACAGCGGCGGCAAGCGCGGCGUGAGCGGCACCAGCUGCGCGGGCAACAGCUGCUCGUGCGGCAGCGGCAGCGCCGUGCGGCUCGCCAACGAGCCGCUGCUGUCGCUCGUGCUCACCUGCCUGCGCCACCAGGACGACCAGAAGGAGAGCUUGCUGAGCGCGAUCCACGCGCAGCUGCAGCACUACCUGACGCACGCGCGCGAGCACGAGCGCGGCGCGGCGUGCGGCGACGCGUGGCAGGAGGAGGCGGCGCCCGAGGCGCUGCAGCUGCGCUUCUCGCUCGCCGGCGGCAUGUUCGACGCCGUGCGCCGCUCCUACCAGCUCACCUCCGACUGGGCCGUGCUGCUGGCGCAGCUGCUCACGCACCAGCUCGUCGACGCCUACAACAACAGCGACCUGUUCACAACGCUGAUCGACAUGCUGGCGACGCUGAUCCACUCGACGCUGGCGGAGGGCUGCGACGACAACAACCGCAAGCACUACCAGAACCUCAUGAAGAAGCUCAAGAAGGAGAUCGGCGACCGGCACGGCGGCGCCGUGCAGAGCGUGCGCCAGCUGCUGCCGCUCUCCAAGAACACCAUCGUCGAGGUCAUCGCCUGCGAGCCGCUCGGCCUCGUCAUCGACCAGAAGGGGAAUAAGAUCACCGGCUUUGAUAACGAUAAGAAACAGGGGCUGCGGCUCACGGACAAGCAGCGCGUGUCGGGCUGGGAGCUGGUGGAGGGCGGGCGCAACCCCGCGCCGCUGUCGUGGGCGUGGUUCGCCGCCACCAAGGUGGAGCGCAAGCCGCUCACCUACGAGAACGCGCACAGGUUGCUGAAGUACCACACGCACAGCCUGGUGAAGCCGCUGAGCUACUACCUGGAGCCGCUGCCGCUGCCUCCCGAGGACCUGGACAGCAACGACAGCAAGCAGGACUGUGGAAGCUUCGAUUCAAGUCCAACUGGUUCUGGAAAAGGUCGCAAGUUACCUUGUAGUAAGAAAAUUAUUAAUAAGAAACCAAAAGUUACUACACCGACGAACGGGCAGGGCGCCGCGGCGGGCGCGGGGCUGGCGCCGGCGCCGGCGCAGCAGCCGCAGUUCAUGCAGCAGCAGCAGCAGUGGUUCCCGCCGCACUCGCAGAACUACUACAACCCGCAAGUGGGAGGCAACUCGCGUGGCGUGGCGCCGCCCGCCAACACGCAGUCCAAGCAAGCGCUCAGCCACAUGCUGCGCCAGCGCGUGCCCUACAACCAGAUGUCUCAAAUGCAGGGAGGCGGUUAUCCCGGAGCUCCGCAUGCGCGAGGGCCUUUCCCGCGGCAAGGCAUGCGCCAGAUGCAGCCUAACCAAAUGGGACAAAUGGGGCCGUCUAAUCAAAUGAACACGAUUGGCGCAAUGGGCGGUAUGGGCCCGAUGGGCCAAAUGGGCGGAGUCCAGAUGGGUCCAGGACAAAUGGGUGCCGGACAAAUGGGAUCCGGACAGAUGGGCGCCGGACAGAUGGGCGCAGGACAAAUGGGUGCCGGUCAAAUGGGCACCAGUCAGAUGGGAGCGGGUCAGAUGGGUGCCGGACAAAUGGGCGGCGGGCAGAUGGGCAACAUGGGCGGACAGAUGUUCGGCGGGCAGUACGGCGGCAUGCAGCAGGGCUAUGCGGGCUACGGCCAGCAGAUGAUGCAGGCCGGCCAGCAACAGAUGAUGAAUCAGGGCAUGGGACAAGGCGUCAAUCAAAUGGGACAACAAGUCAACCCAAUGAACCAAGGGGUGGGCUCCAUAGGGCAGAACGUCGGACAGAUGAAUCAGGGCGUCGGCCAGUCGGGCCAGAUCGGCCAGGGCAUGGGCCAGAUGGGCCAGAGCAUGGGCCAGAUGGGCCAGCCGAUGGGGCAAAUGGGCCAGAUGGGGCAGGGCGGAGGAAUGGGCUCCAUGGCGAACCAAGGCAACACCAUGGGGCCACAGGGAAGCAAUACUAUGAGUGGUUUCCCUGGUCAACAAACAUUCCAACAGAAUAUGAUGGGAGGCCGUUCCAGUCAAGAAGCACAGUACCUGGCACAGAGGCAGAAUGCGCGGCCUCAGUAUAUGCAGGCGCCUAACGUGACGAUGGGCGGCAUGGGCGGGCCGGCGCCGCCGUACCCGCGCGGCAUGCAGCCGCAGAACUCGGCGCAGUACCAGCAGAUGACGCAGCAGCAGCAGCGCAUGCGCCAGCAGAUGCUCGCCAUGCAGCAGCAGGGCCCGCUCGUGCAGCACCUGCAGCGCAACCAGUACCAGCCGCCCUACUGACUGCCCGCACACACUACCAACUAACAUUACACCUCUAUUCACAACACCUGCCAUCGAUGGAACGAAUGAGGGAAUGGAGUGAGUGCCACUCAUACAAUCAAAGUUUCCUUUAUUCCAUUUUUGCCAGGUUUCGUGAAAUGACUUUAUACGUAAUAUAAUAUGCUUCUCGGCUAAAUUAAUCGGUAUCUGUUAUGAAAUUAUGCUACUCAUUCACAUUAUUUAGAUACACACGCAGUUGCCUUGUUGCAGAUGAAACCAUAACGUUAAUAAACUGCACUCACUGAACCGCAAAAGAUCAGUCUCAAGUAGACGACCUGGUUCGCACGGUUUUAAUUCGAAUUUUAUAUUAAUAAUGUUUCUAAGUUUUAUAGCAGUUAGUAGGUAUAUGUGUUAUGUGUAUGUCGGUCGGAAAACGAUAUAUCUAUGAAUGGAUUAUAUAGUUUUAAUAUUUAUACUCGCGAAAUAUAGGAUACAAACGACACCAAUUUUGUAUAUAUCAUAUGCACUGCCACAAAGAAGUGUCUUAGUUUUUAUCGAAAACCACGAGCGCUCGACGUGAAGACGCUCAUGUCGGGCGGUCUUUGGGGCUGCCGUGGGCAUGCAAUACAGCACCUUCUCAUCUCACCUCCUUCCCGAUUGACGUUUCUGAGCUGUUGUAUAAUGUAUAGGCUUAUCUCUACAUUUCCAUAUUUUAAGUAUGUGCGUGCAUCUCUGAUUUGGGAAAUACGUAAUCAGUCGAUAGGUACCUUCAAGAAUACGCACUUAUAAUUGAUAUUUAGCAAUUAAAUUGACUCGAAAGUAUUCCAUACAAACGGUCGUCCAUCUGGAAGGAUGUGAUAUAAAUACCCAUAGAUGGUAAUACUAGUAUGUACCUGUUAUUUUUAUCUUAUUUUUACCUUCACUUUGACUUUUUUUAUUUCAUAGCAGAUCUCCGGAGAUAUUAUUUCGUAUCAUGUAAGUGAAAUAAUAAAUAUUUUAUAGCAUUUGACAACAGUGUGAUAACAUUUUAUGAUUGUAGGUAAUAUUUAUUGGCUUACGUUACGCGGUACUUGUAGUCGAGUUACAUUCUCGAAGUUUAUCGACGCAGUGUAGUGCACGAUACGACUGUACGAAUCCGCGUUGAUACAACAAAGGCUGAUAUACCGCAGGCAAGGCAAAACUGCUUAUGGGACAUAUUUUACAGCUCAUAGGUAGGUGUUUACGGACUGCUGCUUGUGGACUUAAUAUUUCAUUUCCGUUCAAAUCGAAUAUCUCUAGUUUUGACUUAUUGUACAGUCGAAUUCACAAACACCUUUACAAACCAACACUCCAAUUAUACGCAUACACGACCUUAUUGUCAUUUGUCAUAGAGACGUGUAAAUAUUUUUAUGGCAUGUUGGCUUGUAAGGGUUUGUGAUUAAUUUAUUAGCUUAUUUAUACAUACAUAAUUUUACUAGACAUGGUUCUGAAUUAUUUAAUAAUGAUAAAUUCUUGUGAAUUGUACCGUAAUAUAAUUUAUUACAUAUAAUUAAUAAUGAAGUGGUAGUUUUUUUAAUUAACUACGUAUAUUGUUGGUUUUUAAUACAUAACAUUAAUAGUUUUUAGUGUCUGCGAAAACUAAACUUUCUUAAUCCCGUACAGUUGUAUUACAAAGAUGUUUAUAUAAAUGUUACGGGUUUGACAUCAAGAAAUCCAUUUGCAUAUUUAGGUAUUGUUAUGUCUUUAUCUUCACUCUGUCUACAAAUUAAAGCUGAUCCCUGAACUGUAGAUAAAACAAAAGGCUAUAUAAAGCUCUAGUAGACUUUGUGCCUUGUUUAAUAGUCGCAUGUAGACCACAGAUGAAUAGUUAGUAACAUAUACACAGUAGACCGCAGAGCGCGACGAAGUGUGCACGGGGGGCGGGGGUCGGUCGUCCUGCGCGAGCCAUGUCGCGCACACACUCCGUAUUAUUUGAUUCACACAACCAAGACCUAGCGACCUUCGUCUUUAUUUAUAAUAGCAUUCGUUAUACCGUGUUCUAGUAGCGAAAAUAUUUACGGAUAUUAUGGGCAUAUGUCAAGUAUUCAAUGUAUAAUCCUAUUCUCGUUGAUAAGCUAGUGUGCUUAUUUUAAUGAUUGACUUUAUUUACGUGAACAUUUUAAAGCGCAUCGUGUAUGCAUGUGUAUGUUGUACCAGGUUGUACUUAAAAGGAUGGAUAAAAAAAAUAAAAAAUCCACAAUAAGAAUUAUUAACUCAAGCGAAUGCUUUAUCUUCAAUGAAAUGAAAUUUUAUAUUAAUGAUAAAAAAAAUAAAAAAUCCUACAUCAUGUAACAAGAAUUAUUAUCUUAAGCGAAUGCUUUAUCUUCAAUGAAAUGAAAUUUUGUAUUAAUGAAAGACUUUAGAAGUACCUAUUUAAUUAAGAAAUUACUAUUUGUUGUUUAUUUUAUUCAUUAAUGUAUGGUUUUAACAUUUGACUACGCAGAACUAGGAUACUGUUGUAGUAGGGAAUAUUACGGCAAUAUUUUGCGCACAUAUUACAGCACACUCACAUCACACAUACCAAACCGUAGAGAAACUUACGCAGACUAUGCCUUAAACGGUUUUUUGAGGAGUCAUGAUUAUGGAAUUGACGGAUCAAAGCGGUUUGGUUACAGAUGGCCUACCGUGAACCGUUCGUGUCACUUCCCUGUCACACUUACUUGCAAAUUUACAAGUACGACAAUGAUGAAUGAUGCCAAACAAUGUUCGCGGUAAGCCUUCCUCAAUGUGCCACCGGCGCCUUCUGCGCAGUUUUGCGUAAUAUUCCCUAUUAAAGUGAAAUUCAGAAGUAGAGAUAGUAAAAAUGACGUGACAAGAUUUUUUAUAAGAUUACCGGGUAGCGGUAUAAAGUAAAUAUUUUUUGUAAAAAAAACCCACAAAAUAUAAUUUAAAAAACACAAAACAACGGCAUUACAAGGAAAUUACAAUAGAUUUUUAAUUGUAAUAAAGACAAAUCCGCGAGGAAUUCCCUUCUUGGUAGAUGACCAAAUGCCAACGUUGAAAUUGAUUUUCCUUUUUAACUGAUUUCAGUAUGAAAUGUUUUUAAUAUGUAGUACAAGUAAAUGUUGAAUGAUAGAGGAGCAUUCGAAUAUAAUGAUUUAUUUAAACAAAUCACUUGCACAUUUCUGCCCAACCCCAAAGAGUCUACGGAUUUCAACUACAUAACGGUUGGUACGCCCCUCGUUUAGAAUUUCCACUUUUCCACACUUGUAUCGUAUUAUACUAUUUGUG